AUGGAAUUUUGACGAAACACAGAGCAAGCCAGCCCCGCGACGUGCCCCGCCCAAAUUCCUAGCACGCUAUCACGAUGGCGAAGACUGGGAGUGUCGCCAUGUUGCCACUCAACCAGCCGUCUCAGACACUAUCCCCUCUGGCUGACCUGUCAACAAAACCUCAACAGCGAGAGCCUCACUCCAGUAGUGCUGGUUUACAUAAAUUAUUGGGCCCAACGCCCUAAAUUUGUAUCCGCCAUGGCAUCAAUCGAGGGUACCAUUUCGAGCGGGGCAUAUUACGACCUGGGCUCUUACAGGCGCUCCGUUAGUACUACAGAUGAGGAGGCUCGAGAAUGGUUUAACAGGGGCCUUCUUUGGAGCUACGGCUUCAAUCAUGAGGAGGCAGUCAACUGUUUUGAGAAGGCUAUUGCUAGUGACAGCAGUCUUGCCAUGGCUUAUUGGGGUGCCGCUUAUGCCCUGGGACCAAACUACAACAAGCCUUGGGAGUUCUUUGACUCUACUGAGCUCGAAACCACAGUACAGAGGACUCAUAGGAUGGUAUCCGAGGCUAUAAGGACAGCUUCCGAGGCUUCGCCCGUAGAAAAGGCUCUGAUCAAUGCGCUGCUAUUCAGAUAUCCACGAGAACGCGCAGAUGAAGAUUUGUCAAUAUGGAACAAAUCAUAUGCGGAUGCGAUGGAGAAGGUAUACCAUGAUUUUCCAGACGACCUCGAUGUAGCCGCCUUCUGUGCAGAUGCGCUCAUGAAUCUCACGCCGUGGCAGCUUUGGGAUUUGAAGACCGGCAACCCGGCAGAGGGAGCCCGCACGCUCGCUACGAAAGCAAUUCUGGAUCAUGCCAUGGCUCUACAAGGCGGUAUGCAGCAUCCCGGCUUGCUGCAUCUCUAUAUACACCUAAUGGAGAUGUCGCCAACACCUGAAGCUGCAAAGCCAGCAGCUGACCGGUUGCGUACACUGGUACCGGAUAGCGGUCACCUUAACCAUAUGCCUACGCAUAUAGACUUGCUGCUCGGCGAUUAUGAUCUUGGCAUUGAAUGGAAUCGAAGAGCCUUUGAAGUCGAUGAGAAGUUCUUGGCCCGCGCCGGACCACUCAACUUUUACACGCUAUACAGGAUGCAUGAUUACCACUUCUGUAUCUAUUCCGCCAUGUUUGCCGGCCAAUCGAAAGUUGCAUUGCAGACUGUCGAGCGCAUGGAGCAAUCGCUGUCCGAUGAGCUGCUGCGGGUCAAGUCCCCGCCAAUGGCAGACUGGCUCGAGGGCUUUCUUUCGAUGAAGAUACAUGCCCUCAUUCGUUUCGGUCGGUGGCAGGAAAUCAUUGAGUUGGCUUUCCCUACUGAUGCCAAACUUUACUGCAUGACAACGACCAUGACCCACUAUGCCAAAGCUGUUGCUUUUGCAUCAAAGGAGGAUCUUGAGAAUGCCGACAAGGAAGCGAAAAGGUUCUCUUUUGCCCGUAGAAGUGUGCCAGAAUCGCGCAUGGUGUUCAAUAACAAAUGUGUUGAUAUUCUAGAUGUCGCAGAAGCUAUGAUGAACGGAGAGAUUGAGUAUCGGCGGAAGAACUAUGACUCAGCCUUCGCUCAUCUCUUAGAAGCUAUCGCACUAGAUGACGGUCUGCCAUACGAUGAACCCUGGGGAUGGAUGCAACCGACGCGUCAUGCAUAUGGCGCUUUGCUGAUGGAGCAGGGUGACUUUGAAAAGGCUGCUAAGGUCUACGCGGAAGACCUUGGAUUCGACGAAAAACUACCUCGGGCCCAGCGCCAUCCAAAUAAUGUGUGGGCGCUACACGGCUACCACGAGUGUCUGGUAAAGCUCGGCCGGAAAGAGGAUGCAGAGAAUAUCGCGCCACAACUAAAUAAAGCACUGAAGAAGGCAGAUAUACCUGUCAAGGCAUCUUGUUACUGUCGUCUUAGUGCUGUUAGAGAUCACUGAGCAUGAAUAGUUCCUAGGCCCUUGUAAAUAAAGCAUUAUUCAUAGACAACACCUUAC